UUGUAAACUUAGUAGAAGACAAAACUUACAGCCAAAUAGCUAAACUUAUCUCUCUCCAAAACAUUUGGUCCAUACGAUAAAGCAAGAAGAAGAGGAACAAGAUGAAGCAUGAAAUGAGUAACAUGAAGCUACGAUGCAUAUCCUUCUUCUUUCUUCUCUUCGGUUUGCUUCUUGGAAAUUUUAUAGUCGAAGCUUCAAAAGCUCGUUCUAUCGACGAUACGCUUUCACUUCCCCGACAAGUCCAUCUCCCGUACUCAAGGAGGCAUAUGAUUGGGUCGACGGCACCAACUUGCACUUACAACGAAUGCAGAGGAUGCAGAUACAAAUGCAGAGCUGAACAAGUCCCCGUUGAAGGCAAUGAUCCUAUCAACAGUGCUUAUCAUUACAGAUGCGUUUGUCAUAGAUAAUAAUGAUAAUCUCUUUUUUUUUUUGGUAAACUGAUAAUCUCUUCUUUUUGCACUUCUAUUGCAUCUUUUGUAUCGGCUUAAUUGCAUUUUGUUUUUUGAAUGAGAUGUUUUGGUCAAAAUUAUACUUCAUCUUUCUCAUAUUAGAAGAUGGCGUACAGUUUUUUUUUCCUGUAUUGGUUAAUUUGUUUUGAAGUUUCUAUGCAAAUUAAUUUUAA